AUGACCGAUCGCUCAAGCACAACUGGUCGCCCCUUAAAACCCACCCUAGCUGUCCCUCGAGGGAUUGCCCGGACACCACUGACCCCACGCAUCGCUGGCUCUGCCUCGCCGACUGUACGAUCGACGGGACCGAAGACGCCUUCGACAGUGAGGUCAGAGCCUCCCAAGGUCACGCCACGGGACAAGCAGCAAGAUGGCGCAGGAGGAGAUGCAUUAUCUGCAAUCAAUGUUACACCACGAUCCUCAGCAAGGAAGUCGCGAAGGGAUAGCAACUCGACUACACCGACACAGAGUCAGGGCGAAGACACACCGAACGCGGCCAGACCACGAUCAACACUUGCGACAACAAGCAUAAGUGGAGAGAGGAAUGGCAACGUGGGCGGGCUGAGUAUGAGUGGAGGUAGGGUGUCGAGGCCGAAGAGUCUGGUCAGCGACAGCGGGACGACUAGAGGACGAUCGCCGCCGCUGGUGCGCUCACCCGGCCGGUUUGAUCUUAGUAGGGCUACAGCAGAUGUUAGUAUUGAAAGUCGCUUCUUCCAUGCUAGUGAUGCGCCGAAACAGGAGCCAGUAGCGAAGAGAGCUGAGCCGAAGAAAGGUCCGGCUUUCUUGUAUGCAGACGGUCAGAAGGAGGAAGCACGGAGCAGAUCGCCACGAGCAUUAUCACCAGUGGUGUCUGCGGUGUCAGAGAAGCGCAUCUCUGGACCAUGGAUUCGAGACGAAAGUUUGAACCCGUCAAAGAGUCCUCCGAUGCUGUCACCCGCGCUGAGCUCUAUCUCGAGCGUCUCACCAUUCUUCGCAGUUGCGACUGGACCAAACAAGGCGCGAUCACCUUCGCCAAGCAAGGAGAACAUUCAUCUGUCAUAUCGCAAAGGCGCAUCCCAAAUUUUCGGUACACGACCUACGCCACGGACGACUGACACGCCGGCUGAUCUCGAUCAAGGAAGGACUAGUCUGACCAGUGCGUUCUCGCCACAUCGCAAGUCGCCUAGCCUGUCAUCAAUCGACUCUGGCAACUCGCACCAGUCACGGCGAAGAUCUGCAACGGCAAUAGAUGUCCCUCCCGUAUCUUCGCCCCUUAACCAAGAAGUCAAGUCAGCAACCGUGCCUCGGGUAGCCAAAGCACCACAAAGCAUCGAUACGUCGAUGCCAAUUCUUGACGUGCCUACUAUACCACAGACUAUGCUCAGCCCAACCAAGUCCGUUUCCGAACUAGCCUCCGAUGCCCGUCGCGAGCGCAAAGUACUCGAUCUGGAAAUCUCCAACAGCUCCCUCCUGGCUAUCAACGCCUCCCUCGAACGCGAAGUCCGGCGCCAGAAGACAGAGCUCAAGCGCUUCCGCCGCUUGUCUCGCGCUGGUCGCUUCUCCUUCAACCCUUCCGAACGAAGCGCUCGCUUCUCAGAAGGUCUAUCCACAGUAGGAGAACUGGAAGGCGAAGACGGCGACUACGACGCCUUCGGCCCUCCAUCAGGCUUCACAGAUAUCUAUGACGACUUCAGCGAUGACGACGAUGAGACAGAAAGUAUCAUCUCUGGAGGCGAGCCUCUGAGUCCCUCUGCUCAGGCGGGUCGAGAAAGUGAUCGUUUGGCCAAGGACGAGAAGAGGUUGCGUGUUGAUUUGGAAAAGCACAAAGAACUGCUUGUGCAAUCUCAAAUGAUGAAUCAGAGUCUGAAGAGGUGUACAAUUGCUGCAGAGGCGAUGAUCAAGGAUGGUAAAAAGGCACUCGAAUACCAUGUCCGAGUCUCGGAUGUGAAACUCGGUGGUAGGAUCUUGACAGGUCAUGAGGAAGAAGAUGAGGACAGAGAAGAAGUCAUCGAGGUUGAGGACGAGACUUUGAUGGGUGGAGAUGAGGCGGCGGAGGAUUUCUUGAAGGUUUGGCAGGGGUUGGGCGAUAGGCCGGUAUUCGAGGGUAGUGAGGCGAGUGGUGGAGACAGGGACUCGGGGAUCGAGGUCGAUAAGCCGUCACAUCUUCCUCUACCAGUCAGGAGUAUAGGCGGCGCAGCGCGAGAGCAUACAGCGAGUUCUGGUCUACUGGAUAGUGGCAGGCCGCCUGACUGA